UUGAGCUCCGUGCUGCUGCUGCUCAGAGUGAAGGGAGAGCUGAGCGGAGAGAGACGCUGCUGCUGCUGCUGCUGCUGCUGCCGACCGGGGCCCGCGGUGGAUACAAAACCGAGAUGUUCCUCUUCAAAAAAAACAGUUCUUUUGAAAUAAAUCAUUUUAAUCUGUUGUCAUAACGUAAAGCUCGUGAAUCCGACGUGUUGUCGACCGGCUGAGACAGACAGAGACUGUGAGUCCUCGUAUAGUAGCGUCUCUUUGUUCGGUUUGUUCCAUCUGUCCUUCACCUCAGCAUGGAUCAAUUAGAGAAGGAGCUCAGGACGGACGACGAGGCUGCAUAUGAAGAGGAGGAAGUGGACCCCAGGAUCCAGGGGGAGCUUGAGAAACUCAACCAGUCCACCGACGACAUCAACAGAUGUGAGACGGAGCUGGAGGACGCGAGGCAGAAGUUCCGCUCGGUUCUGGUCGAGGCCACGGUGAAGCUGGACGAACUGGUGAAGAAGAUCGGCAAGGCUGUGGAGGAGUCCAAGCCCUACUGGGAGGCCCGAAGGUUGGCCAGACAGGCCCAGCUGGAAGCCCAGAAGGCCACCCAGGACUUCCAGAGAGCCACUGAGGUCCUGCGAGCGGCGAAGGAGACCAUCUCCCUGGCCGAGCAGAGGCUCCUGGAGGAGGACAACCGGCAGUUUGACUCCGCCUGGCAGGAGAUGCUGAACCACGCCACACAGCGGGUGAUGGAGGCGGAACACACCAAGACGAGAAGCGAGCUGGUGCACAAGGAGACGGCGGCCAAAUAUACAGGAGCCAUCGGCCGCAUGAAGCAGCUGGAGAAAAAACUCAAACGCAACAUCAACAAGUCCAAGCCCUACUUUGAGAUGAAGGCCAAGUACUAUCUACAGCUGGAGAACCUGAAGAAGAACGUGGACGAGCGGCAGGCCAAGCUGUCUCAGGCCAAAGGCGAGUACAAGACGGCCCUCAGGAACCUGGAGAUGAUCUCCGACGAGAUCCACGAGAGACGACGGAACUCCGCCAUGGGCCCCCGGGGGCGUGGCGUGGGCGCCGAGGGGGACAGUGUUUCCGGGGACGACAUCUCCAGCUUUAAGAUGGAGUCAGACGGAAUAUCCAUGGCGUCUGUGUGUUUCGACGACGAGGCUUGUGGCGGCAGCAGCAUCAUGUCGGAGGAAGACUCUGAGACUCACUCCACCUGCAGCCUGGGUUCGUCUCCCUGCAGCCCUCAGGAGCUCCUGUCGCCCUGCCCCUUCGCCAGCUCCUCCUCCUCGUGCACGUCCUCCUCCGCCUCUCCAUCGCCCACUCCCUCCUCGUCCUCGUCCUCCCCGUCUCCUCUGUCCAGGCCCUGCAGUCUGGACCUUCCCAGCACCGUGUCGCUGUCCGACUUCGGCCUCAUCUCGCCGGUGCUCGGGCCUCGCAGCGAGUGCAGCGGAGCGUCGUCACCAGAAUGUGACCUGGAGAGAGGUGACCGGGCAGAAGGUGCAGAGGGGGAUCUGGACAACGCUCCGGCUUCCAACAACAACAACAACAGCUCGAAUUCCAGCACCAAGAAGAGCUUCAGCCUGGAAGCACGCUUCAGCUUUCUUAACCUACGUCGCCCCCGCACUGACAACGCCAAAAACACGGACAACUGUUCCCAGAAGUCCGUGCAAACUGUGGUAUUGGUCAAAGGAGUCUGAAGAACAAAAAAGAGAAUUUGUUGGAUGGAUUUUGGCUCAUUCUGACCCAAACUCUCUGAUAAACUGAGCUAUUUCUAAGCUACCAGCCACAACUGCACUUCAUUUAGAAAAUCCACAUUCAAAGAGAGACGUUGAAUGUCAUAGUUGGUGUGUAUAAAGUUUCCUGUAGUGUACAUCAUGGCAGCAUUGUUACUCCUUUUUUCCUUUAUGAAGGACAUUGCACAUUUGGACUCUCAUGCCUGAUAAAGAGCACUGUUGUGUUGAAAAUGUGUUGGUUAAGGGAGAUGAAAGAAAAAGAUUCUACGAAUUAUUCACUUUAUUUUUUGUUAUGUUUCCACUAAAAGCUGAAAAAGCUUCUGUCGCAAAAGCAAAAGUACAUUAGCUGCCUGAGUACAACCACUGACUUGGGGAUCAUUUUGAAAGUGCUUCAUCCAUUAAAUAAUUGGCACAACUGUGUAUCGAAAUUGAGAAUUUAUUACUGUUAAAUGGCACACUGUAAAUCAUCCAGAGCCGAGGUGAAUUGAAGUCAUGUGGAUGUUCAAUAAAUAACUGGUGUCUUAACCUACGCUCCUGUACUUGAUAUAUGACUAUGAUGUAUUUUCUGAUGUUAUGUAUGUAUGUUAUUUAUGUAUGUAAAUGUCUUACAAUUGUAUUUGUAGGUAAUAGAAUAAAAUGACAAACAAUU